UCGCUACCGGGGUCUUUUAUGGAAUCAUGACUAAUACGAUAUAUGCAUGCACUUUGCUAUCGGCAUUAUCAGUAUUGGUAUCUCCCUUCCAAUCAUUUGAGGAUUUGGUGGAAAAUGGCUACCAAUUUACGACUUAUUACAGAAGCAAACCUAUGCAGAAUGUACUACUGGUUUGUAUGCACACUUAACCGAUACUUAAUUUUUUUGUGUGGUGAAAAUUAUUCCAAAUUUUACCAGAAAAAACUCGACGAGUUUAAUCUGCACAAGGAAAUGCGUUUGAUUGACAGUCCUGAGCAGAUGAGCCAUCUCUUGGAGGGAAAUCCUGUCGCUACGGUGGCAUAUUUCGAUGCAUUUUAUAAUGAAGCAGUAUUUCAAAACUAUAGCACGGAAUAUAUCUGCCGAACAAUUGAAAGGAUAAUGAUCUCGCCAAACAGUAAACCAUUCCCGUCCUCAUUUAUUGCGAAAAAGUCAUCAGAAUUGACGCAGUAUUUUAAUUAUGGAUUAAUGAGAAUUCGUGAGAGCGGUUUGCACCAUCGACAUUCCAAAGAAUUUAAUACUUUCCUCGGCAGCUUCGUCUGUAAAGGGCAAAGAAUGGAUGGUUGGGAGGGUGUGGAAAUUGUGGACGUGCUCCUACUAUGGAAAAUAUUUUUGAUCGGGUUGUUUCUCGCAUGUGGAGUGUUACUUUUUGAAUUUGGGAUAGAAGCAAAAAGAAAAAUGUUGAUGAUGAUAAUUGUGCAAAAUGUUGUAGUACACAGAAACAAAAUUCGACGUCAUAUUAAUAAUUUCUAUAUUCAUGUCUCAAUUUUAGCAAGGCAGAUUAUUGAGCAUAGGUAGAUGAAUUUUUUUUAGCAUUUUCGAAAAAUAAAUACAGAUCUAACCUCAUCCUCAGAUAGCCAGAUCGAUAUGGAAUAAAAUUAGAUAAUCAUGGUUACUAUGCCUCACGUAAGAAAAAUUGAGCUGGAAUUGAGUUGCUUGUUUUUUAUACAUAGGAUUGGGGAUUAGAAUUAAGUAAACUUAUGAUUUAUUAGUGAGGUUCUCACAUACUGUGGAAUGAACCUGUGUCAUACCGUUUGUAAAAAUCGGAAGAAAGGGAAGACUUUCUCCUGACAUGUCUAAAUAAAAUCGGGCUACCGAUGUCCGCAUA